AGCGAUACUUGUGCCUCAGCGUACUGAGUAGCUGGGACUACAGGACCUAUAAAAGGCAUCACCCAGCCCAAUGGACAGAUGCCCCAGGCUGCACAUUCUGUCAGUGCUGUUCUCCAAAAGGCCCAAACACAUGCUGAAACAUCGAAGGAUAAGAAGCCAGCCCUCGGGAACCGCCAGGAGCACCCUGGGCCCCGCACGGCCCCAAGUCCAGCCUGCCCCGCCUCCUCUGGUGCAGAGGUCCUGGGACACCAGCAGCAGCCCCGCCACACCCCGCAUGGCCAAGAACACAGGCGGCAGAGGCUUCCCCUCCACGUCCGACAACUUCCUGCCGCCACCUCUACCACCGCCACCCCUGGACGACCCAGAGCUCCCGUCGCCCCUGGACUUCGUGCUCCCUCCCCCCGCGGUCCCCAAGAGGCCUCCUAUGCCCCACCCCCGCAAGAGACACAAAGCAUCAAUGUUCAGAAGCAGCAAAUGAAUAAAAUAAAUGAAUAAAAGUUAAA